AUAAAUACUAUUGGUCCACCUGAGAUUUGGAUCUGCCUCUUUUUUGGGUUCAUGCCCCCAGAUGAGCUGACAAGGAUGGACGGCGAGGAUGAAACACCUACACAUGGUGGGGCCCACAUGGCACCGACCGACGAAUACCGACCUCGGUGCUGGACGGGUCACAAAUCGAAACGGAGCGGGGGGCCGAAAACUGUCCGCGACGACGGCAUGCUGCUCGCUGUCCUCCCCCCCUCGUCCUCUCUAUCCUCUCCAUCUUCAGCAAAAACUCUCCUCCGUCGAAACCCUAGAUAUGGCCCUAGCUUCUCCAAGAUCCUCAGGUCUUCUGCUUCAUCCUCUCCCGAGCAGUCUCAACAGCACCCACCCUUCGAAAGGAGCAACUACGCUGGCCUCGUAUUUGAAGAGACAGUCGGCAGUGGUAGCCGGAAAUCGAGGCUGGAUUCCUGGAUCUCUUCUCGCAUCCAAAACGGCGUCAGCAGAGCUCGUAUUCAGUCCAGCAUUCGCUCUGGACUUGUCACUGUCAAUGGCCGCCCAAUCAAUAAGGUUUCACAUAUUAUCAAAAUGGGGGACAAGGUUUGUUGCACCAUUUCAGAGUUGCAACCAUUAAGAGCAAUCCCAGAAGACAUUCCCUUGGAUAUAAUUUAUGAAGAUGCUCAUGUUCUUGUUGUAAACAAACCUGCACAUAUGGUUGUUCAUCCAGCACCUGGUAAUGCUAAUGGCACACUUGUAAAUGGCAUUCUUCAUCACUGUAAAAUUCCAACAGUUUCAUUGCUGAACAAUGUCACGUUUUCUAAGAUGGAAGAUUGUUCUGACAAUGAGUUCGAUAGCUUUUCCGUGGAUCAAAAUUCCGAUGAGGACAUCAGUUCCUGCAUAUGUGGUGCUUCUAUACGCCCGGGCAUUGUGCAUAGAUUGGACAAAGGCACAAGUGGACUCCUUGUGGUUGCCAAGGAUGAACAUUCUCAUGCUCAUUUAUCUGAGCAGUUCAAGUUACACACCAUUCAUAGAGUGUACCUCAGUCUUUCCUCUGGAGUUCCGUAUCCAAGUUACGGAGUCAUUGAUGUCCCGAUUGCUCGUGAUCCAAACAAUAGGAUUCGCAUGGCUGCUGUUUCUAGCCGAAAUAAUUGUAGGCAUGCUCGCCGAGCUGUUAGUAGGUACAAAGUGAUUGAGGUUCUUGCAGGGGUUGGUUGUGCAUUGGUGGAGUGGAGAUUAGAAACUGGGCGCACUCAUCAGAUUCGUGCACAUGCAAAGUACCUGGGAAUCCCUCUAUUAGGAGAUGAAGUGUAUGGAGGAACCAAGAGCAUGGCACUGUCACUGCUACGUCCCAGGAUUCAUUCAAGCUCUCAUGCCCAUCUCUCCUCCAUUCUCUCCAACUUAAGUAGGCCUUGUCUCCAUGCUUUUCGUCUUGGGUUCAAGCAUCCUCAAACAGGAGAGCACAUGCGCUUCUCUUGCCUGCCACCGCCCGAUUUCGCUGAGCUUUUGAGUCAGCUACGGAAUAUCAGCACGGACAAACCCAAGAAGCUGUUAAUCUGGGACACCCAGUGGGAUGACCUUUUUGAAUCUCCUAUUCACCAUGGGCACCAUAUCAACUACUUCGAUCAAAAGGUGGUGGGCCGCAGGUAUGAUGGGUCACAGGAAGGAUUUGGACUUCCAUAGAAUGUGAUGUUUGGUUGGGUGCAGAGCCUGAUCACAGAAUAACUAAACAGAUCAGGAUACAAGAACUCUGCUAUAUAUCCUGAUCACAGAAAAUAGCUUAUGUAGAUGUUACUAGAGUUUGACCUUUUUCUCCGGUAAUAACUAUAACUUGGCCAUUAGAAGUUUCAGCCCCCUGCAAUUUCACCGGGUUGGAUAUCUGCUUUUGGCUGUUAACUGUUGUUGGAUACAACAUACAGUGUUGUCACAGUAUCAAGUAUUCAUGUGGGCAGAUGUCAGUUUCCUCCAUAUAUAGGCGAAACCACAGCAAUUAAUGCAACCAUUAAUAACAAAGAAUUCUCAAUUUCCAUUUC